GAAGCUUAAGAACCGAGAUUUGAGACCUUAAUACCUGCCUGACCUUGUUACUGUGCAUGAGUAAUACGUUUCCUGUGAGUGACUUAUGAGGAUAAGACAGACAUUUUCAGUGAAGUAAUUGACUAUGACUAAGAACUAGAUUAACAGACGACCUAAACAGGCACACCCUUCUUGACUCCUGGGCGCCACUGGGGUAAGGAGCAGGGUCCAGAGUCUUCCAGAGAAUGAGGUUUAAUGAGGAAGAGCUAGCGGAGUUCGCUCUCAGUCCUGGCGAUCAUGAGGGAAGGCUCACUCACAAGGGUCCUCCUCGGACAUUAUAUGACACAUCAUAUAAGGAACGAUGGUUCAAAUUGAAAGCCAACUUCUUCUUCUAUUAUCGACUUAAUGAGUUCGGAGGAGUUGAAAAAAAUGAGCCCACUGGUGUGUUUGUGCUGGAAAACAUCGAGGUACAGCGAGAGGAGGAGGCUAAUCUCCCCUUCGGAUUUGCUAUCAGGUGGAAGGAUGAUCCAGACAAAAAGCAGUUGUUCUUUGCACACUCAGAGGCCAGUGUUCAGUCCUGGAUCGGCAAAAUUUUACAUGCAAGUUACGAUCACUUGCGAGCCCAGCUGAUCAUGCUAAGGGUACAGAUCAGAAGGAAAACAGGCAAAGACCCCCUGGAGCACUAUGGCACCCCUCUACCUCAGCGUGCAGCCAUGGCCUUGUUGCCCCUCCAGUCGGUCUCCCUCCAGGAUCUCUUCAUCUCUCCGUCAUCAGCCUACAGUGUCUCCUCAGCACCAGCUAGUCCCUCCAUGAGCCAUUCCUUGACCCCCAUGGUCCCUGAGAGUUCUUCCAGAUUUAAUCGCUUGGCCAAGAGUCCAGACUUGAGAUUGCGAAUCCCCAAGAGUCCGUCUCUGAGAGUGCCUACUCGGAGCGCUCCCGUUCCGCCCCCGAGGAGGGCCAAGAAAGUUGAGCCGGAAAAUGGAAUACUCCGGGAUCAGCCAAACAUCCGUGGAAUUGGCCGUACAAGAGCUUCCUUCAAGUGCCACUUAGUUGAGGAAUGCGCAAAGGAACCUCCUCCGAGUCUCCUUGACUGAAAAUGCAACAUGAGGCAAUGUAGAGCAACACAGUGUGGUGGAGUGCAUUUAAAGUAAACGUUGUAUGAUGGUUUCAGCUCCCCACAGCUCUCCCUUCCUACCUGUAGUCAUCCACCAAAUAUUUACGGGCAUAAUGGAAUCUCAUCAGUGCGGUGUAGAAGUGUGGGCAAGAGUAAGGUUUUAUUAUUUAAUAGGGUGAUGCCAAGAGGUUUUUUAUCGUUUUUUUUUUUCCUUCUUCUUUUUUGUUUGUUUGUUUGUUUCACAGGUAUUGUUUUUAAUCCAUUCACAAAAGGUAAAAUUUUGAAUAGUUUUUGGUAAGGGGGUGUCAGCACAGGCCACUCCGUGCCUGGGAUAUUUCUCGGCUCAUGGUUCGAUUCCCAAGGCAUCUUCCAGGCUGCCAGGACCAGGGCUCAUAGAUGUCUCCCAAUGUCUGUCUGUGAAUUUGUUUUGACCUGACAUGAUACGCCAUCACCUGCACAUGAAUGGGUUGAUAAAGGAAAAUAAAUGUAUAUGAAGUAUGCAGCUGAAGAGAUAUUUUAUAGAUGAUGGUAAGAUAAUAACCCCGGUUUUUAUAGAUAGUUUUAUGAAGAAAGGACCUCUAGCUUGUAAUAGAAAAGAAUAUUUUGAAGUACUAAUCUAUGUCUAGCGUCCAUUUCUGUGAUAUCUUCUUUACCCCCAUAAGUCCGAGUAACAUUUAGACAAGCUUUAAUUUGAAUUUGAUAGAAGUACCUUGUGAUUUUGAGAAGAACAGAUGGGGCCUGGUGAUUUUGUCAAGAUUUUUAUAGCAUAGCAUAGCAUAGCCAUAGAAAAUGGACUUGGUAUGAGGUACAACUUCAUUGCUGGAUUGAAACCAUGAAAGUCCUAGAACGAACUGAAGGAUUAUUAAUAUUAUUAUUUUUUUUUUUUUUAAUUAUUAUUAUUCUUUUUUUUUUUUUUUUUUUUUUCUUAUCAAGUGGGAGGAUGGGCAUAGUAUUUGUACAUUAUCAGUAACUUUACUUAUCACAGCCAUUUACAUUGGAGUUAUAUAUGCAUUAUUCAUUUAGACUUAAGGUUUCUUAUUUAGCUUUUUGUAUUUUCAUUUAGGUUUGAAGAUUGUUUUCAUGAGCUUUGUAUGUAUAUAAUCAUAUCAGAAUUAUUAUCUCAUGAACAUGGAUUAAAAGCUAAAAGAUGCACAUGCACAUACUAUAUACAUAUGCAUGCACAGAUGUAGCUGCACAUUCACAAUGAUCACAUGCGCACACAUUUGCACAUUCAGGCAUAUACUACCCAGGAAUGCACAUAAACAUGCAGAUGAUAUCUCUCUCUCUCUCUCUCUCUCUCUCUCUCUCUCUCUCUCUCUCUCUCUCUCUCUCUCUCUCUCUCUCUCUCUCUCUCUCUU